UAAGAUCUCUGUAACAAAAUUUAAUACGUACAAAACGUGCUGAUGAUUGAUGAACAUACAAGGAAAUAGACAACAGAAAUCAUAAUGCAAUAAAUUUUUUGAUUUUUAAAAAAAACAACUAACACUUGACAGGUUAAUUUAAAAAAUAAACUGAAAAUGACAACAAAUUCAUCGGAUAAUCAGAUAGUAACAACGCCUAAUUUAAAUUUAAUUAAUGAAAAUUCUAAUAAUGAUACUGACACAAGUAAUUUAAGUAAAAGCCAGCUUAAAAAAAUAAAGAAAAGAGAGAAAUGGCUCGCACAAAAACCAGAAAAAAGACGGAAAGAACGGUUAAAAACAAAAGAGAAACGGGCUUUUGCUCGGGCGAAUAACAUAGAUCUUGGACCUUCAAGAAGAGAAUUAAAGAAAAGUACCAUGGAAAAUAGCACUUGUCGAUUAACAAUUACCAUCGACAUGUCAUUCGAUGAUUUAAUGAUUGACAAAGAUAUUGCUAAACUUGUCAAACAAAUACUGAGAUGUUAUACUCUGAAUAGACGAGCACUUGCACCAGUACAAUUUUCAUUGACAAGCUUUAAUAACAAAUCGAAAGAACAAAUGGAAAAACACAACGGCUAUCAACAUUGGGAUGUUAAAUUUUAUGAGGAAUCAUACUCAAAGGUAUACAGUGAUAAAAAAAUAAUUUACCUUACUAGUGAAUCAGAAAAUAUUAUUGAAAACUUAGAUGAAGAUUGUGUGUAUGUAAUCGGUGGUUUAGUAGAUCAUAAUUGCCACAAGGGUCUAUGCCAUAAACUUGCUGUUGAAGCGGGUAUUCAACAUGCUCGAUUACCAUUAGAUAAAUUUUUAAAAAUGAAAGCUAGAAAAGUUCUCACUAUAGAUCAUGUUUUUGAAAUUUUAUUGAGAAUGACUGAGGGGAAAACGUGGCAGGGAACAUUUCUUCAAGUAUUACCGAUGCGAAAAAAUGCUGAACUAGUAUCGGAAGCAGAAGAAGGAAUAGAUUCAUCAAAUGAAAGUAAUGAAUGUCAGAUUGAUGUUUGAAAAUUGUACAUAAUAUAAAAAAAAAAUAAUGAUCUACGAUGAUACAAAUUUA